UAAUGGAAAGGUUGAAAUUAUCUUUAGUUAGUUGACCAAAAAUAUGCACUAGUCAAAUGCGAGUUUUUGGAAAAGAGGAUUUUUUUUUUUUGUCAUCUGGUAGAUUAAGAUGAUAUGUUAAUUCUCUUGACAAAAAAAAGGAUAAUACGUUAAUUCAAGAUAGAGAAUCGAAUGCAUGUUGGACUCGAGGGAACUCUAAAGUCUAGCCUCUGUGUAACCUAUUAAAACUACAUCGUUUUUGACUCCCAUACCCCCAACGCCAUUCUCUUCCUCUCCACGCGAACAUACUUUACUACAUCUGUCUUUUCCUCUUAAAUUACUCCUUCAUGUUUAUUGAAACAAAACAGUGCACACAGAGAUCUGCAAGACUAUUCCAGACUUUUGUUAAAUGAAGUAUAUCUUUAGUAUGCAUAUCAAUUCCUAUUCAAGAUUGAUAAGUAUAUGAGUUCUAGAGAAUAAAAAUUGAAUUGAUGCACAAAGCAUUAUGUAUUUUAAAAUAGUAAAAUAAACAGCAAUACAGUAUAGUAUAUAAUAGUCAAACACAAGUAAAAAAAUAACUGAAAUGAAGAAAAAAAAAUUAAUCUUCUCAAAAUUCAACGUAUUUGAGUUAAUGGCAUUUUUAUUUUCAAACGGUUGUUAAAGUUUUUUAAGAUGAGCAGGUAACAAUAUAUACCAUCAUUGAAAUGACAAGAGUCUAUCUGACAUAAGUCAUCAUUGAAACCCCAAUCCCCUACAUAACCUUCCUCUCUCUCUCUCUCUCUCUCAAACAUUAUUAACCAGCACAACUUCAUUGUUUUCUCCAGAAAAAUCUUUUUUGACCCAAAAUUUCCAAGAAAAUCUUGAAGAAAUGGGUGAAAGUGAAGAUGGUUUGGGUCUGAGUCUAAGCUUGGGGUUAAGUCAGCUAAAGGAACCAUCUCUGGGACUGGGGUUGAAUCUAUUGCCGUUGAGAACUUCUUCUUCUUCGUUUUCUCACAUGCACAAUCACAAUAAUAACCAUCUUCAGAAGAAGAUUAAUCACAACUCUUGGCCUCAUCAGUUCCACUCCUCUGAAAGAAACUCUGACGUUGGAUCUCUUCUCAGAGGUCUCGAAGUAAACAGAACUCCUUCUGCGACGGUCGUGAUUAACUUAGAAGAAGACCUUGCGGGAGUGUCUUCACCGAACAGCAACAUUUCGAGUGUGAGUGGGAACAAGAGGGAUCUUGCGGCGGCGAGGGGAGACGGAGGAGGAGAUGAGAACGAGGCUGAGAGAGCUUCUUGCUCACACGGCGGAGGAAGCGACGAAGAAGAGGGAGGAAACUGCGAGGGAACGAGGAAGAAACUCCGGCUAUCGAAGGAACAAGCUUUGGUUCUUGAAGAUACAUUCAAAGAACAUAGCACUCUAAAUCCGAAGCAAAAGCUGGCUCUAGCAAAACAGUUGAAUCUGAGGACAAGACAAGUAGAAGUGUGGUUUCAGAACCGAAGGGCAAGGACGAAGCUGAAACAAACGGAGGUUGAUUGUGAGUAUUUGAAGAGAUGUUGCGAUACUCUAACGGAGGAGAAUCGACGGCUGCACAAGGAAGUAGCUGAGCUUAGGGCGUUGAAGCUAUCUCCACAUCUGUACAUGCAUAUGACUCCUCCAACUACUCUCACUAUGUGCCCCUCUUGCGAACGUGUUUCGGCUUCCUCCUCCUCCUCAGCUAUGGCUGCUGCUGCUCCUCCCUCCUCCAUCACAUCUGGUGGUGGUGGACGGAUUCCUACGGUGGUGGGACGGCCAAGUCCACAACGGCCAACUCCCUGUGCAGCUAUUUCUCUCCAGUCAAGAUUAGCUCACUAGGGGAAAUAUAUUUAAUUUAGUAUACAUAAAAUAUGUGUAUGAAAACUGAAACCUUAAAAGCUUUUAUGCAAGGUUGACGUCAAAUCUACUUAAAAUGAAAAAGACGUCAUC